AAUUUACUGAGCUGGGACCGGGCUGCUCACCUCAGCAAGCUGGAGCGGCACCCUCCGCAAACUCCUGCCUCUCCGCGGCCAGCUCCCCGCACGCCCGCAGGCAGGCAGGCAGGCAGGCAGGCGCGCCGCCCCCGCCCCCCGAGCCGCGAAGCGCUCCGGGCAGCGGCAGCGGCGCAUCCCGCCCCCCGCGAGCUGCAAGGUUGCCUAAAGGUGCCGCAAAGUGAGCAGAAUGAAACACUGAAUCCAGGACUGAAAAAAGAAGGGACUCACUUCAAGGGCUCUGCUCUUGAGGACUGUUUUUAAACUGAAGGAGAAUUUCAAGCCACCUUUCAAUCUGUUUGGACUUGCUGUUUACAGACGAGGAAUGGAGAAACCAUUAAGCACAAAAGGGAUCACACUGUGCCUGCUUCUCUUUGUAUUAAGUUUGGCAGCAGCCAUUGAAAUACCGCUUUCUGUGCGACAGCUCCCAACAAUCACAGAACAGUCGAGCAAUCAAGUUGCAUUCCCUUUCGAUGAAGAGACUACCAUGAAGUGUGAAGCUAAAGGGAACCCUCACCCAACCUUUAAAUGGACAAAAGAUGGGAAACCAUUUGAUCUUCUUGGCCACUCAAGGAUAAUUGCAUCCAACAAUUCAGGAACUUUUGUCAUUAAGAACCGUGGCAACAUAACUGUUUUCCAAGGAAAGUAUCACUGCUAUGCUUCCAAUGAUCUUGGCACCACAAUGUCAGACGAAAUUGAACUAGUAGUUCCAGGUAUUCCUAAAUUUCCCAAAGAGAAGAUUGAUCCUAUAGACGUGGAGCAUGGUGAUGCGAUGGUCUUGCACUGUAACCCUCCCAAAGGGAUUCCACCAUUACACAUUUAUUGGAUGAACAUUGAUUUGCAGCACAUCCCACAAGAUGAAAGAGUCUCCAUGAGCCUUAAGGGAGAUCUUUUCUUUGCAAAUGUGGAAGAAAAUGACAGCCGCAGCGAUUAUUGCUGCUUUGCUGCAUUUCCGAGACUAAGGACUAUCGUACAGAAAAUGCCAAUGACACUGACAGUUACACGGUCAAAAAAUACUAAUGAUUCCAGUUCAUCUAAUACUGCUAAGGCAAAUCUAAUCAAGGAAAGGAGACCAAAACUGCUUAUCCCUGAAUCUGCUGGCCACAGUUCUGAAGCGACUGUCUUGAAAGGAGAGGAUGUUUUUCUGGAAUGUAUCGCUGAAGGACUUCCAACACCACAUCUGAGCUGGAGAAGAGUUGACAGAGGCAGACCUAAUAGAGGAGCCGUUGAAAAUUAUGGGAAGAUCCUGAAGAUAGAACAAGUCACUGCAGAUGACGCAGGGACCUAUGAGUGUAUAGCCCGAAAUGAUUUGGGAGAAGCAAAGCAUGAGUUCACUGUUGGCGUUGAAGAGCCACCAACGUGGGUACUGAAACCCAAAGGUGGGGUUUUCAGCAAAGGUGGAAGCUUUGUAUUGUUGUGCCAAGCCAUUGGCAACCCGGAGCCCACUAUGAAGUGGAAAAGGAAUGGCAUUGUUUUUGGCGAGGCAGAAGCAAAAUCCAUGCGGAUUUCUUAUUCCCCAAGGGAGAUCAGUGUCAUCGAUCUAGUGCUGAAAGACACGGCAGUGUUCCAGUGCGAGGCUACCAACAAACACGGCACAAUCCUCGCCACAGCAAACAUUGACGUUCUUGAAAUUCCCCCAGAAAUAUUAACCCCGGAUGGUGAAGAGUAUGUCGCAGUGGUGGGAUAUGCAAGUUACCUCUAUUGUCAGUUUUUUGCGGUACCGUUUCCUGAUAUUUCUUGGACUAAAGAUGACAGCAUGAAACAUCUUGAGGCCAAUCAAAAUGGAACACUGGAGAUCAAAGUCACAAGGAAGGAAGACGCCGGCUCUUACACUUGCAUGGUGAAAAAUGCUGCCGGGAGGCGGGGUCUCACUGCUACACUAACUGUUCGAGAUGCCACCAAAAUUUCUGUCAUGCCUAAGAAUCCACAAGUUUUGAAAUCACACUCAGUUUUAUUGAAAUGUAAUUCUGAAUAUGACCCACAUUUGAAGCACCACUUUAAAAUAUCAUGGAGAAAGGAUGGGAAGGAAAUUGAAAAGAAUGACACAGAAGAUGGAAGAAUAAUUGUUGAGAUGGAUACAUUGUUUAUACCAAAUGUGGAAUUAGAAGAUCAGGGAGUCUACACCUGCAUAGGCAGUACAUCUCUUGAUAGCGCUGCAGAUGAUACCCGUAUAACAGUCCUUGAUGCUCCUGACCCCCCACAAGAGCUCCACCUCUCAGAAAAGCAGAGCAGAAGUGUCAGACUGUCCUGGAAAGCUGGAAGCAACAACAAUAGUCCAAUUAAUGAAUCUAUUGUGGAAUUUGAAGAGAACCAGUGGGAGCCUGGAAAGUGGCAGGAAUUAAUCAGGAUACCGGGAAAUGAUACUACAGUAGUUUUGCCACUGGUCCCUUACGUAAAAUACCAGUUCCGUGUCAUAUCAGUUAACAUUGUCGGGAGAAGUCAGCCCAGUGAACUUUCAGAACGAUACGAAACACCUCCUGCUGCUCCGGACAAGAACCCAGAAAACAUCCGAGUUGAAGCAUCUAAACCACAUGAGAUGAACAUGACAUGGGAGCCUUUAAAGCCCAUGGAGCACAAUGGACCAGGCCUGGAAUACAAAGUGAACUGGAGACAGCAAGAUGUCGCUGAAUGGGAAGAAGAAACGGUGCAAAAACAUUUCUUGGUAUUGCAGAACACCCCCACCUUUGUACCUUAUGAUAUCAAAGUCCAGGCAGUGAACAACUUUGGGUCUGGUCCUGAACCCAAUAUAAUAACGGGCUAUUCAAGCGAGGACAUUCCAGAAGCGGCUCCUUCCAAUGUAAUAGCGCACGUCAUCAACAGUACUCUGGCUAAAGCCAUCUGGUCUACAAUUCCCAAGGACAGAGUUCGUGGGCAUCUCAGAGGCUAUAAGGUCAGCUGGUGGAAAGUACGAAGUCGCCUGGAUGGGAAAAGUCAUCAUCCUGAAAAACACUCCUUGACAUUCAGUGCAGAUCGGAAUGACGGAAUGAUUCCUGGUCUAGAGCCUUUCAGCGAAUAUCACUUAACAGUUUUGGCUUUUAAUUCCAAAGGAGCUGGCCCAGAAAGCCUCGCAUAUGAAUUCCAAACCCCAGAAGGAGUCCCUGACAAACCAUACUUCCUGAAGAUACUUAACUUUGAUAAAGAUUCCGUAACACUGUCAUGGGGGCCACCUAAGAAGCCAAAUGGGAUUGUUACUGGAUACAUUUUGCAGUACCAGAGAAUUAAUGAAACAAAUGACAUUGGACCCUUGCAUGAAAUCAAUAUUACCAACCCUUCAUCAUUCAGCUUCAGGCUUUCAAACCUGAGCAUCAGCACAAAAUAUAAGUUCUAUGCAAGGGCCUGCACAAUAGAAGGUUGUGGGAAACCGAUAACAGAGGAAGGAAUAACAGUAACCAAAGGCAGUAAAGCUGUCGGGAAGAUUUCUGAAGCACUAAAUUCCACCCCAAAGACUCAGCCUCUUGAGGCACUUGAGCCUGGCACUGCAUACACAGUUCGUCUAAUGACUAAGCAUUGGGUUGAUAAUAAUAGCAUUUCUGCAGAUGUAAUUGAGACAAGGGGGAGAGCUUAUGCUGGAAUUUAUGAAAAAAUCUCUACACAAGGCUGGUUUAUUGGACUGAUGGGUGCCAUUGCUCUGCUUACAUUAUUGUUGCUCACAGUAUGCUUCAUUAAAAGGAACAAAGGAGGGAAAUACUCAGUGAAAGAAAAAGAAGAUUUGCAUCCUGAUCCUGAAGGCCAAUCCAUAAAAGAUGAAAUCUUCGGUGAAUAUAGUGACAGUGAUGAAAAGCCACUCAAAGGAAGCCUGCGGUCUCUUGGCAUGGACAUUAAAGCUGCAGAGAGUGCUGAUAGUUUGGUGGAUUAUGGAGAUGGGGAGCACCGAAUGUUCAAUGAAGACGGUUCCUUUAUUGGUGCUUACACUGGAUGUAAGGAGAAGGCUUCAGUUGAAAGCAUUGGGAGUUCUACAGCAACCUUUCCUCUCCAUGCAUAAAAUAGUAGCAUGAAUGAUUCAUUUCAAAUCACCAUAUUUAUCUUUACUAGUCAUCAAAUAUCAUACAAGUCAGAAGUAGGCUGCAGAAAAGUACAAGACGUCAUCAACAUCAAGAGCUGGGUUUUUGGAAACUCUUCUUUCUCUUCCAGACAUAGGCAUUUUCAUUCCAUUAAAAGAUGACUCAGAACUAAAAUUGGGUAAGACAUGCCACUCAGUCUGACCAAGCCACAGCUACUUCAGUGUUAUAUAUGUAUAUAGGGAUUGGACACCCUCCACGUUUCUCACCACCCAGUCCUAUAGAGAUGCACGGCGGCAGCAACGCUCCAACAGCUGACACUGAAAUGGCUGAUCUUGCAUCUUUGGGUUGGGUUGUGGAGCCUACCUGCCCUCCCAUCAUAAUGGUUACUCCCAGAUAUUGGAUAUGUGGAAUUUGCUGGCAUGACUGGCCCUGCGUUAGCCGGCAGUGCCUUUAGGAUGGAAUCCAAGCAAGUUGUGACCAGUCCUGCCCCUGCUAAGCCCCGCCAUUAUUCAGUUGGGUGCUGCGCAGUAAUGCUUUGCCAGGCCAGCGCUUCAGCUCCUGCAAUGGCGCUUUUGCUGGCUUGCUAGCGAUGACCCACGCAGCACCGGUUCUCCAGAAGAACGGCAGUGCAACAUAUUCCGCUACUUGCACUGCGUUCUAAGUAUGUGUUUGGCACACUGCCGUGAACAGGGUUGGGCCUUAAAUUAAAAUUUCCUCUUCUUUGUGUAUUUCUGUUUCUCUGUUCUACAUUUCAAAUCCAAUUCUCCAAUAAUGCCAUAACCUCAGUAUUAUAGGGAUCUGGCUUCAGACAAAGUCACAACAAUGACAUACAGCACAAUAUUAUACAGUGAAAUUACUUAAGAGAUACCUUACAUGCUAUACAUUAUUUAAUGUAAACAAUGAAUCAUUCUGAUCUAAGCUUUUGUAUUCUGCUGUUAUGUUAGGGGUUUGGAAAUACAGCAUGAUCUAUAUUCCCACAAGAUAGUUUCAAACUUUGCUCAAUUUUCUAUCUCUUUUUGCCCACUAGCUGGCACUCUUUCUUUAUGAAAUCAUCUGUAGAAGUUUCUUCUGGUGAGAGAAAGCAGGCGGAUGAUUCAAAGUCAUUGAAUUCCAGUUAGUGCAAGCAAAAAUAGGCCCUUUCCCCCUCAAUAAGGUGAAAUUGCUUCUUUUACAGCAAAGUGAUCUCUUUAAAGGAAACUGUUUUUAUCGGCACCCUAUCUGUAUAUUUGUAUGCCCACCUACCUUUUGUGAAUUCUUGUACAUAUUAUGUUUAUAUUGAUACAUUCAGGACAAAGCACACUAGAUUUCUGUUGUAGCAAGACACAAUGGUAGCUCAGAGCAAUGGAGCUAAGAGGUAAAUGGGUUUCUCUUGUCAAGUCCAGUUUAUAUGAAUAAGACUCCUUUUCUGAACAAAAGAAAUGUUGAGAAAAUUUUCUACCAUGCUGAAUUUCUCCCUUUUAUUCUUUUUUUCCUCCUUCAAAAAGAAAAGCAUUCUCCUAAAUCCCCAACCAUGAAUAUUUAAAAAUUAAUUUGAGUCUCAACUUACAUCCUAUUGAAUUAAAGCAAAUGCCAUUACUGAGAAAAGAUCUUCCAUAUAUGACUUCUCAUUCCCAGCAGAGUUAUAUCUUCAGGCAUGUCGAACAAGUGUUACUCAGAGCAAACCUUGUCUGGCAAGAGCCGCACAAAGGUGGUCGUGUUAAUUAUAGUAAUACUGGAGGCUGUUGCAUGAAAAAUCUUCCAGAGUAACAUACCUCAGCAUUGUGUGUGAAUGCAUUAUUAGUUUGCUGUUCAACCAUAAUUCACAUUAUUUGCUAGGAACGCACAUAUGCAUACCAUUAAAUCGUGUGCAUGCAUUUUAUUCAAAGCAUGCAUGUUGCUUUGGUUCACUGUUGAGAUGAUUGUGGAUACCAUAAAAACAAGGACUGUUCCUGGGCUAGCCCCAUUCAUUCUAAGCCUUCACUAAAAAGUUGGUGUCUUCAGAGGGACUCAGCUUAAUGCAAAAAGCACCCUGGCAACUGUGCCACAGCCUCAAUCACUUCAGGUUGAUGGUUAGGGCAUCUUGGGCUAGGGCUUAUUCAGGAGUUGCUUUAGGUUCUCAUCCCAUCUCAUUCGGUUUGUGUUUCUGGCUUGUUGCACCGUUGACAGAGACACUGGGCCACCAAGAUAAACCUCAUGUUAUUGUGUAUCUGCUGAAAAUGUGGCAUAGAGGGAAGAAACUUCUUUCAUCCCAACCGUGACAUGGUGUAAAUUUAGACAUGAUCCAGCAACUCACCUUCCACUUGUGUCUGUGUGGUAAAUGCAAUUGCUGAGCCAAAGUACCAUGUGCCUUCUGUGGAGUGGCUAAGCAGACGAGUGGAGGAAAAGCAUCCCAUGGGCUCUCUGGCUCACCAUGUGAUCUGCUGUUACACCAAUGCUCAAAGUGUGAAGUUGCCAAAAAGACUCUAACUCUUCUGAUGAUCAGGGUUGAUGUUACAAAUUGGCCUGCAGGGACAUGUUCUGAGGCCCACACUUCGGUGGGAAGAAGCAAAAUAGUUCUGUAGCCCCCUGCCUCUUCCUCUAGGCCUCUGCCUCCUCCCUGUUCUUUACAGACAUAUGGAGUAGCAAGGAAAGUUGCCCUCUCCUUCUGGACAAUGGUGUGGGUUGGACCCAGAAGAAGAAGGGAUUGUUGAAGCUGCUGUGGCAACAAUGGCAAGGAGAAUGGGACCCACUUGUAGAAGGGCAACAGUUAAGGGCAUCUUGCCCAAGAGUCACACAAAGCUGGGAGCUAUUGCUGAUUUGAUUCCUAUUACAGGGUUUAUGCAAACAGUUAAACCAGAUAGUUUACUGUCAUGACCUGCCAACCAUCCCCUCAUAGAAACAUUUGCUUUACAAAUAGAUCUGUCUUCCUUACGUUUUGCUAUAAAGUCUGCUUUUACCUUAUUCCCAGACAUAACCACAUAAAUUUGCUGUUUCUAAAGCUGAGACAAAUACUCUUAGAUUCAGUUGAGGAUCGACAUAAUUAAACAGUUUCUGAAUGAACAAAUGAAAAGGAGGGAGGGGACAAAGAAAACUCAAAGAAUGAAACAAGUUGUCAAGGGAUAGAGUUCUACCCCUUCUGGCUCCUUGGCAUACAAAUUUUCUACAUGUACAUUUUUUGGUUGGUUGUUUUAAUUCCCAGCACACACAAUCUUUUCCACUUACAGCCCAAAUGUUGCAGCAGUCCAUGAGCAUUUUUCCAUUGAUGAAUUACUUGUCUAACUCAGAUCUACAUUAGUAGAAGCUUCAACAAUGGUAGUUUUGUUAUCUGGAGAAACUUAUUCUGGCAGAGUUCAAAGACCUUGUCUAAUCCCUAGCACAAUUACAGAAACAAAUUCCUUUUCUUAAGAACCUACAAUGGAAAAAAAAUAAACUAUACUAAGAAUGAAGAGCACUGAUGACACCACCUUGACCAUCCCAUAAGAAAUUGCAAUUGUCUUUCUUGUGUUCCAGUUCUCAUAUGAGCACUUUCAUUUCUUAUAACUCUGCCUGCAGAAGAUGUUAACCUGAAUGUGACAACUCAUAGCACACACGAGCCAAAACAAAUGCACGAGGCCGAUUUUAAAAAUCUGCAUCCACUGCAUUAAAUUGUAAUGAAAGUAUGAGGGUUUUUUUUAAUGCCUGGCAUCAUCCUUAUCUUUUAAAGAGCACUUUCUAACACAAUUUUUAAGAGAACAUGAAACUUCUGAACAUUCCUGCACAGAUAAUUGCUUGCAUCAUUCUUUUGAGAGAGAUGUUGUACAAAAGAAAUACGGAUGUUUUAAAAUCAAGAUAUGUACUCUGAUUUUAACUGGGAUCUUCUGUAUUGCCAUUAAUUGUGAAUGUAAGAUAUUAGCGAUGUUAUCAUCAUAAAAGCCAGGGCUAAGGACAGGCUUGCACAAACUGAGGACUGCUGAGAUGCAAUUCUGAUAAGUGACUGAAGGUCAGAAAGAUAAGGAAGGAGUGAGGAGACAUACUCCUAAGGACAGAAUAGGUACAGCCGUCUGACUUGUCUACUCGCUGCUGUCUUCCAUCAAUGACAUUGCUGUCCCCACCUGGGCACAAUAUUCAGCAUCGGAUGAUGGACAGUUGCCAGGAAACUGUGCAUGCACUGCUACAGUUCAACAGGUCUUUUCAUUGGGAAUGAUCUGCUGUUUUCACCAUGAUACGGAAUCAUGCAUGAAGCUGCCAAAUUUGUAGACAGCAGAUGGAUUUUCUGGACUGUACCCCAGGGAAACAGCAGAUGGAUUUGCACAGGUAGUCCAGGGCAGCAUCCAAUUUAUUUGUAUCUGGUGCUCUGAAGAAGGGCAAAGAUCUACUGUCCAAAGCUAAUUUGAACUCUUGUGAACUGCAAUAAUUAGGUGAAAUAGGAAUGAAAUGAAGGGAUAAAUAAAUGAUCUAGUGCAAUUUUUCACCACCAGUUUCCAGGCAGUGGGAGAGGCAAAGUUGCACUGACUUUUACACAGCAAGAGCUGGUGUUUAAACCAUCAUUUCUCCUGAUGUGUUACCACCAUCAGUCGCCAUAAGACAUUUAAGCAAUAUAUGUGCCAUGCAAAAUUAACAGGGUAAGAUCCAUCUUACUAUGAACUUAUCAUGUCAAAGUUAACAUGAGAGUUGCGCUAAGCAAGGACAGUGAUCUUAAA